GGCUGGGAGGAGAGCUGUGACGCCGCUGUCUCCCACCUCCUGCGGAGCUGCCUUUCACGGAGCCCCAAGGACCAGGCCACGUCUCUGGCCCAGCAAGGAGGCUCCGUGCUGGGCCUGCCCCGCGACACAGCCCGCCUCAAGAAGCACAUCACCCUUAUGUGCGACCGCAUCAGCAAGGGAGGCCGCCUCACCCUGGCCUCUGAGGCAAACGUCCCCGUCCCCAUCCAAGUCCAGAACCUGGCUGCUCCCGGAGGGGUUGAGCCCAUAGCGGAGGUGGCUGCAGACGGGGAGGAGCUGGAACCUCCACAGGAAGCGACAAAGUUCAUCAAGAAGAAGCAGCCGUCUAAGAAAGUCAAGAAAGAUAAAGAGAAGAAGGAGGCGUCAAAGGAGUCGUCAGAGGCCACCGUGAAAGAGGAAGUGGGAGGCGCAGAAGAGCCAAUCAAGGAGGCGAAAAAGGAGAAGAAGGAGUCAUCCAAGGAGAAGAAGGAGCCGAAGAAAGAUUCAAGCAAAGAGCCGAAGGAGGAGGCGAAGAAGGAGUCCAAGAAGGAAUCAUCCUCCUCCAAGGAGAAGAAGGAGAAGAAGGAGAAGGACAAAGACAAGGAAGGGAAGGAGGCCAGCAAGGAGUCAGGGGAGAAGAAAGUGCCCAGGAAGUCGUCCGUAAAAGUGAAAGAGAAGAAGAAGGAGCCGGAGGCUGGUGAGGGCUGACAGGAGCCGUGCAAUAAGCUCACAUAUACACACACACACACACACACACACACACACACACACACACAUAAAUAUGCAUACGUGUGUACACAGUGUCCAUGUAAACGUAUACAAGGCCACAUAACUCGACACACACACACACUCACAUAUGCAGUCUUAAUAUAUAUUUACAUGUAAAUAUGCUCCGGCAACGCCACAUAUGUCACAAUCAAAGCAAUUUCCUGUCAGACGCAUAUUUACAUCAUCUAGUAAUAGCUGAUCCACACACACACACACACACACACACACACACACACACACACACACACACACACACACACACACGUUCUGUGUCUCUGGGCUGCUGCUGCUGCACCACAUCCACUAGUGUUGGGGUGUGUGUGUGCGCUGGGCAGCUGUGGUGAAGGCGAAUCCUCCUCCUCUCCUCAGACAUUUCGCUGACUCUCUCCUCCUCCUCCUCCUCCUCUUCCUCGUCUUCGUCUAGCCCCAGCAGCAGUUGAACCCACAGCCCUGCGCCUCCCUAAUCCCAUUCAGGCCCCAAACCACCCCUUCCGCCCACGCACCCUUCUGGAUGUGACGUCAGACCCGCCCUCUCGCCCCCUCGCGUGGCACCAGGCCUCGCAGAGCCUCCCCCGCCUCGCCGCUAAGAAUAAAUGGCCUGCCGUGUCCAGCAGCCCUGUUUCUUCCCGGGUAAAUCAAGGCCACAUCCUACAGCCUCCACCACCACCACCCCUUCUGACCUCUUCCAGUCAGUUCAGGUUUUUAAAUCUGGAACACUCAAGGACACGCGGCUGCUGAUGGAUACAUACCCGGUGCUGCGGGGUCCAACCUUUCGCACAGUGGAAACCAGCAGGGCGUGUUCUGGAAAAAGCAGGGUGGCAAUCAGGAGGGCAGAAGAGCCAGUUUAACACCCGAGGCUUCUUCUGCUCAUCUUCAGGAACACCAUGAAGGGGAGGCUGCGUCUGAAAUACACUGCGAGGCACUUGUGUCGUCUGUAACAUAGUUACUGCACGUGAGGUCAGGUGUGGUGCUGUGGCAGAGGAAAGUAACAUAUCGUUCUUACUUGUACUCGUAUCUGGUCCCGCAGAUAGUUUGGUUUGUUCUGAGUAGAGUAUCAUUUAUUGAAACGGUCAAAUACCUAAUCUGAGUUAUUCUUUAUUCAGUUGUUCACUUUGUACUCAGGCGAAGUCCUCGUGUGGCCGCAUGUGUUAGGACGACAUUUCAAAUGUGCAGAAAGUAAUCAGGAGCUUUAAAGUAAAACAUGUGAAACACAAACGCUCACGUCUUCGCUGUUACAGACUGGAACCUGUGGACUUUGGACACACACACACACACACACACACACACACACACACACACACACACACACACACACACACAUCAUUUAGGAGCUUUGAGACGUUUCUCUGCCAGACUUGAAGCUUCUCGACUUCAGCCAUAGAUGCUGUGCCAGCUUAACACAGGACGAUCAGCAGCUCUGCAACACUACAAGUCUGCAGCGUGUCUGCAGCGUGUCUGCAGCGUGUCUGCAGCGUGUCUGCACGUUCGGCCUCAGGCCUUCUGCCGACUGGGAAACUUGCAGCUGGUCUCAUGUCUUUUUUUCCUUUCGUGUUUUUAAAUGAUAAAUAUUUGGACUUUUAGUGCGGAAUAAGAAUAGAUGAACUCAUCCUUGCCAAGAAGGAGAGAUAUCCAAGUGUGUGUUACAGAGGUUCCCACUGGACACGAGGUCCAGAACACGUGAAUGUUUGUGAUAGGUUCUGCUGUAUUAGCUGUUCAGGUACCGGACUCCUGCUCCGAGUCUGCUUUUAUAGACGAGUCAUGUGUGUGCAGCCGGAAGAAGUAUCUGUGGAAUAUUUAGUAAUAAAAGUAAUCUAC